UUUACCACGUUUUACUGAAAUUAUAUACAUUAUAACUAAAACAACACUAAUAAAAGUUACAAUGCUGACAAAAGAUAUUCUGAAGAAGAUUGAGAUUGCAUUGGAUUUGACAUUUUUGCAGCCAACAAAGAAAGGUGGUGGAGGUUGCAUCAAUGAAGGUGUCAUUUAUAAUUCCAAUAUUGGAGAGCUUUUUCUCAAACAAAAUUCAAAACAAGGGUCCAAAUUGAUGUUUGAAGGGGAGUUAGAGAGCCUGCGUGCCAUACACAAGACUGAGACUAUAAGAGUUCCCAAACCCCUGGCCCUUGUUGAGGAUGAAAAGAGUUGUAGCAGCACCGUGGUUUUGGUCAUGGAAGCUCUGGAUAUGAAGGGAGGUGCUGCAGGAGCUCAGCUGGGCUCACAGCUGGCAGACUUACACCUGCACAACCUGAAGCUCCGUGACCCGACUGGUGCAUCGCGCAUGUCUGCCUCGUCUGAAGAAGCUGGAGACGGAACUGAUAUUGUUUAUGAAAAGCGCUUUGGUUUCAGCGUGCCCACAUGUUGUGGCUUUAUACCUCAAGACAACGAAUGGUGCGAUGACUGGCAGGUUUUCUUUGCCCGCAAACUAGACUUCCAAAUCAAGAAACUCCAGACUGAAAGCAGCGGCAGGAGCGUGGGAGAGGCAGUGGAGCUGUGGCCACAACUGCAGCGUGAGGUGCCUCGUCUUUUUGAGGGCGCAUCUGACGUGACGCCGUCGCUGCUACACGGCGACCUCUGGGGCGGCAAUGCGGCCACCGUUCAGGAGCACGGGGCCUCCAUACCCGUUGUGUUUGACCCUGCAAGUUUCUAUGGGCACCACGAGUAUGACCUCGCCAUAGCUGCGAUGUUUGGCGGCUUCAGUAAAGAAUUUUUUUCCUCUUACUUCGAGAAGCUGCCCAAGGCUGCGGGCUGGGAGUCCCGACAUCAGCUGUACCAGCUCUUCCAUUACCUCAAUCACUGGAAUCAUUUUGGGUCUAGCUACUCCAGCAGCAGCUUACACAUCAUGAAGACCCUCACUAAGUAGGCUGGACACCACACCGCGCCACGAGCUUCCACCUGCCACGUCCUCUGCACGGCAUAUUUUGUUUUGUAGGAAGUAUUCCAUAAGGAAGCCACCCUGACCUUAUAUCUAAAGUAGAUGCAAAAGGAAUAUUCGUUUUCGAUCAGUUUGUUUUAGUAUUUUUUUGUAAGUGAUAUCGAGAAUCAUUAUUUAUAUCAGUUGGUGAUUCCGGAGUUGAUACGAUACGGUCCCUUGAAACGGUCCUAUGAGGCAGCUACUUCCACCCCCCCCCCUCUAUCACCCGAGGGCUAAAUUAGCAAAUACCUUACCAAAUUUGGAUCAGUGCAUAUAUUCUGUCUUAUUACCGAUUAAGAAACAUA